AAAUAUCCUAAAUUAAUUACUUAAAUAAAUAAAUUUAAAAAGAAGAAAAAGCAUAGAUUUUUUAAGUCAGAGGACCUGGGUUCAAAUUCCACCUCUAUGAUCUUAGACAUGUCAGAACUUACUUGGACCUCAGCUUCUUUGUCUGUAAAACAAGAUGAUUGUAUUAGCUGUCUCUGGAAGUCACUCCCAGUUCAUCUAUAACCCUACCAUCAUAAUGGUUAUUCUAUUAUCUUAGGUCAACACCUCUUCUCUUGCCCACUGGACUACAGUGAUAGUCUCCUAACUGAACUCUUUACCUCUGUCUUUUCCCCUUCCAAUCUCUUUGCCAGUAUUCUGUGCCAGUAAUCUUCCUGAUGCUUAUCCUUAAACAGGCUACUCCCCGCUCAAAAUACUUUAAGAUAGUUCCCUAUUGCCUACCAAAUAAAGUCAAACUCUUCUGGCCUGGCAUUCAGGAUUAUUCAUAGUAUAGUGCCAAUCUCCCUUUCCAGCCUCAUUUCUGACUGCUUCUGGGAAUCCAGAUCUGUCUAAGCAGAUCACAUGAAGAUUGGUGAAUAUCACAAUUGUUUUUUCACACCUCAGCACCACCAUCAUCCAUUUCCUGCUACUUUAAAUCUAACUCCAUCCCUACUCCCUGCCUAGAAGAACCUCCUGUUGCUUCCUCUCAACCUGUCCAAAUUCUAUAUUCCUUCCAGGCCUAAUUUAAGUCCUCAUCUCCUCCAGAAAGCCCUUCCUGAUACAAUGAACCCUCUGGCCCUUAGUGACUCUUUCUCAGGGUCUCCCAGUCUCUGUCUCUCUCUUUCUCAUCUUUCUCUUUUUUCCUUUCUCCUCGUUUCCCCAUAUUUCUCUCUGUCUUGCUUUGUAACCUCUUGUUUUGGGGUCUUAGAAUCUCCUCACCAUUAAGAAAAGAAAAAUUUAAAAAUAAAUAAAUGAACUAUAAGGUGUGUUUUGUACCUAGGAGAUCAGGAGAAUGAGCAAAAGUGGCCAAAACAUGCAUUGCCCGAGUUGUGAAGGGAAUAGGCACCCCACAAUUCUAUAAUUCCUUUUGUUUGGGAUACAGACUUUUUUUUUGGUCUUCUUUGGAAAGAAGAGACUCUGGUUCUGAUCUUAGCACUGCCAUGAACUCAUUGUGUUUAUAGGCCAGCCUUGGGCAAGUUACUUCCCUUUUGGGUAGACUUCCUGCUUGUCAAAUAUCUAAGGCACCUUCCAGCUCUUAAUAUUUUAAAAGUCCUUUUUAGGUCUAACAUUCUAGUAUUGAUUAUUCCUAUUCAUUCUAGGGGACAGGGCAGGGUUUAUUAGUAACCUAUUUGAAAAAUGAGUUAACUGAGACAUUUUAGAGGGGAAGUCAUUUGGCCACAGGCAUAGAAUAGCAGAAACAGACUUGAACCCAGGUUUCCCCUUCCAGCAUUCAGUCUCACGAACUGAACUGCUGUAGUAAAUAUACUCUGAAAUAUUAACAGGAAGAGAUACUCUAGAUCACUGAAAAAUGGUAAAUCUAGUUAAAGUUUGUGAGUUUCUGACUCCUGACGUGUCUAUAAUCACUUUCUGUAGAAAAAUUUCAAUCUCAAAUUAUAAGGAAUGGAAAGCUAUUUAAAUUAUUUUUUAAAAUAGUACUUAAUUUUAAAUUCUUAAUGACUUAUUUAAUUCUGAGUAUUUAAUUUAUUAAGGAGCUGAAGUCUGAGUGGUGAAGUGCAGGCAGCAAGUGUAGACCAAGCUUAGAAUUUUGUCAGUAAAAGAAAGGCUGGGAAGGGUGGCAGCUAAAGGGAGUAAGGCACAUUCAUCCUAUCUGCUUUUCCCUCUUUCAUUCCUUUUAACUUCUUCCCUGACAAACCUCAUUCCCAUUAGUGGUUAUGGUUUGGCCCUUCCCCCACCUCUUUCCCAGAAACACUCAGCUUUUCAGUAUUGAUCUGGAAUGGCCAACUGGCAGGAGGAACCAGAGACCCAUUUCUUGAGGAAAGCUAUGGGAAUGUGACGCCUGGGGUCCUGGAGGGAAUUGGAAGCAAGAGAGGGGGAAGGAACUAAGGACAAAAUCUCUUUCUUCUUUCUCUCUCUCCUCCUCUUCUUUUCUUUCUUUCUCCCCAUCUCUUCUGCUCUCCUCUGUUCUUAUAAAGCAGAAUUGAGGCCUGGGAUGGGGAUUUUCACAGAGCAUGGGCAGGAGAACUGAGGAAUAGAAACUAUGAGGACUCAUGAAAUUUGGGCCCAUGGGGGAGGGGAUGGUCAUAGAGCUACUGAAGAGACCCUGGACAGAGAAGAGAGUAAAGAGAUUGCUGAAAGAAGGGCAGAGCCACGCCCAGAGUCCUGCUUGGGGUAGCCAGCUCUCAGAAAAUCAUCAUUUAAGUUGUUGAGGUUUUCUGCAACAGAACUAGACUUCCUACUGGUUGGAGGUUGGGUAGAGCCUAGAAUAGAAAAAACAACUUGACUAAUAGUCGGAAUAUAUAUUUGCAAUCCAGGCUCAGCAGCUACUUGUUUUGUGUGAUCAGCCCUGAGUCAUUUCUCCUUUUUAUAAAAAUGAGGAUAAGCAGUGUCCAGCCUACCUGUCUUGUAGGACAGUUAUGAGACAAAAGCUUUCAGACUCUUAUGGUUUACAUAUGGUAUGUACUCAUAGUGAAUGAGAACUGUAGUCAGACAGUCAUCCAGAUGAGCAAAUUCAAUUCUAUUCAGUUUGAGGACCUACAUCUGUAUCUGUAUCUGCUUUUUUCCUGUAAAAUGGGAGUGGGGGAGAUGAGGUAUGGAUCAGAUCGGAUGAUCUUUAAGAGGCUAUCUAGCUCUCACAAUUCCCUAAGUAUCCAAGACAUCUACUGAGACUGUAGGUAUGUUUGUGUAUGUGAGGUCCUGUGGGAGUUCUGAGAGGCAGCCAGAACCCAGUAGGACUUGGCUUCUUUCUUAAGAAAACUCAAUCAAGUAGGGGGUGGGGGUGGGGACAUAUUCUUGUACAACUACAUAAUCUCUGUCUCAACACCCAUUGGUACAGGUCUCCCUCUGUGCCUUGGGACAGGGGUUACAAAUUUUAUAGCACUGGAUGCUCUGGAUGUGGCUACUGAAUGUAGCCACAAACAACAAUUAUCCCUCCACUGGGGAACAGAGAUAUUAUCAGAGGCUUGACAGAGAGAAUUCCUCUUUGUUGAAUGAGUGUGUCUAGGGGAGAAACUGGGGGAGGGGUCUGGCUGGGUGGAAAGAACAGAGCUCUCCUCUCAGUCCAUUUCUGGACCAAAAAGAUAUGAUGUCUAUCUGUCACCUUUAUCUCAGUGGCCUCUUCAUUCAGUUUUUUCUCCCCCUGACCCUCUAACUGUCUCUACCCUCCUCCCUCUCUCCACUGUUGCUCUUUGCCAUCAGGCCAUGACGACUUGACAGAGUCACGCAUGGUAGCUAAGGAGGCCACAGAGUGGCCCUUGGCAAGAUGUGAUUGCCCACUCUAUCCCCCCUGCAUGACCUCUCUCAUCAACACCCUUUACCUAUGAAAUUGACAUGAUUAUUAUUCCCCCUAGUCUCAAAAGAAAUAAUGCAAGAGCAAAACACCUGUACCCUAAUUCCACAAAAUAUCACCAAAAGAGCAGACCCUCAAACCCUAUCCCAAAAGACUAUUAUGAGUUAACUUUUACUUAGGUACAUAAUCCCCAGUGAAACCACAGCUACAGGCCAAGCCCAAAACUUUUCCACUCACAGAAGCCUAUUCUCAUGAAGCCAGCACACAAAUCAAUCAUAGAGGCCCAUAUAAUAAGUACAAGUACAUCAAGCUUCAAUAUGCCUCAGGGACUUGACUUCACAAACCAGUAACUUGCCAGUGGGAAACUCCCUAGUAAAAACCCUGAGAUCAGUCUAAAUUUGAAUUGUGUUCCCAGUACCCCUCAACCUCAAUGAUAGGAUUGUUGAAUUGUCUUUUAAGAACUUCUAAUUAAUUAUUCCAUUUUAUUAAAAACAAUAAGUAAUUUUCCUUGAUUGUUUGUAAGCUCAAAACUUCUCACUGGGUAAUGAGGAAAUUAAGACACCUGUGAUGAAAUCAUUUCUCUUGUAUGCUGUCAGUAAUCACAAUACAAGAAUAUAGAAUGUUAAUCAAGUGAUUUGUUAUAAAUUAAUGUAUCACUUUUCCAAUUAUCUCUCCUUAAACUUGUAUGUUAGGUAAUGUAUCUGUAUGCCAAGAAAAUGGAUAUAAAAAUAAAAACCAAGCCUGGGGAUGGUGGAGUAUCUAUCAGAUGCAAAGCCGUCCCAUGGCCAUAAUGAUUAAGCUGUCUUUCCUUUGUUAUUUUUUUGACUAAUCUUUCCCCACCUGUCAGGAACCCCUGGAGUUGCAAGUGAGGCUGGACCUCACCCGUGACACACUGUGUCCUGCUUCUCUCCACUUCUCAUUAUUUCUGUUCUCAAUUUCAGUUUCUUUAACUAUUGUUCCCCCAUUACUCCUUCCUCAAUUCCAUUCAAGAAACCCAAGAGCCAUCUUGAUAUGACUAAUUAUGAUAUACGGUGGCAUGUAAUGAAGUCCAGGCAAAGAUCUGUAAGGGCUAUAAGAUAUUAGAAGAGGAAGAGAGUACUUUCAGGUGAGUGUGGGGCUGGGAGUAAUUCAGAGGUUUCCUGGUAGAGAUAGCACCAGAGGUAGACUUUGAAGGAAGCAAUAGUUGGAUCCAAGCAGGAAGUGCAUUUUCUGCGUCUUUCUUUGGGUUUGCCUCUGUCAACUCUCUACAUCUUCAGACUGAUGCUGUCAGAUUGCAGCAAGAGAGAUAGACAUAACUUAUGUGGGGGCAGAGAAAUUCAAGAUUUAUCUUGGAGAAUGAAUGCUUGGAAGGAGGUUCCUUUAAGGGGGGAAGACAGGGAAACUGAGAGGGCAAAAGAGAUGACUGUUCCCUUCCACAUUUUCCCAUAUUCCCCAUUUGGGGGAGGGCGUAUGAGGGGCAAUAAUGGCACUAGGGCUGCUUCCCUCUUAGGACCAUAGAGCCUAUUUCCUAGGCUCUAUCUCUUCCUGGGCUCUCUGAUAUAUGUGUCUGUGUAUAUGUAUAUAGGAUAUAUAUAUAGGAUAAGUUCUCUAUCCACUGAACCAUCUGGCUGCCCCCAUCCUUGACAUCUUCAUACACUUUUCCCCCUGCUAACCACCCCCCCCCCUCCUCCGGGCUCCAGGAGCCUAGCUUUUCCAGCCCUUCAUUUCCUCAUGUCUUUCCCCUUCUCCCCAAGCACUUACCACAAGGUCCUCCUCUCAAAUCCAAGAUUCUGUGACAGCCUUUUUGAUUUCUAGUGCCUUUCCCUCACCCUAGCUGUUUUCCCCCAGGUACCUUAGCCCCUAGUACCCCAGAUCUCUUUUCUAGCUCUGGUCCCCUGCCCUAUUCCCUCUUCAGCCAUGCCUCUCCCUCCAAGGAUUCAAGCUUCAUCAUAUGGAUCAUUUAUCAUCUCCUCACUCUCAUUUCCCUCUCCUCUCCAACCCACAACCAUGUUCAUUCUCAGCCUCAUCUUAAAUUCUGCUGGCCUUUGAAAUUCCCAGGUAGCAGCUUACCACUAAACAGGGGAAAUUGGGCCAUUUCCCCACACUCCGCCCCUAAAGGAUGCUGUAACCUGCCUUGCCCUUCUCUGCUGCCUAGUGCUAGUACACUCCCAGUCCGUGGAUCUCCUAGGUAUCUGAGGCUUUUUGGACCCCUCAGCCUGGAGCCUUUGGUGGCCCAGACACAUCAUUUAAUCUGGUACCCGGGAAUCUGCCGGUUCAGUCUCAGCUGCCUCACCUGAAGGGCAGGGCGUGGCUGGGCAGGGUGGCUCCCUCUCUGACCACUCCUCUGCUUCUGGGCUGCCCCUCUCCAUCACUCCUUCCCUUGCUUUAACUAUAAGAGCCUGGCCUGAGUCAGGGUCAUGUGGCUGCCAGAGUGUCCUGUUCUUACCCUGUUCUUGCUUCUGCUCCUGCUGCUGCCGUCCCCAGUCCCAGCUCGAGCCCUGGAGCCCUCAGCCCAGGAUGUCAGUCUGAGCGUGGACUGGCUCACUCGCUAUGGCUAUCUGCCCCCGCCCCACCCCGCUCAGGCCCAGCUGCAGAGCCCAGAACAACUCCGGGACGCAAUCAAGAUCAUGCAGAGGUUUGCCGGGUUGAAGGAGACUGGCCUCAUGGAUGAGGCUACCCUGUCUACCAUGAAGAAACCAAGAUGUUCCCUACCUGAUGUUCUGGGAGUAGCUGGGCUGGUAAGAAGGAGGCGGUAUGCCCUUACAGGCAGCUUCUGGAAGAAGAAGAAGCUGUUCUGGUGGGUUCAAUCCUUCCCACAGAGCUCUGCCCUCAGCCAAGACACUGUUCGGAGCUUGAUGUACUAUGCCCUGAAUGCCUGGGGGACUGAAGUGGGGAUGACAUUCGAGGAGGCUGAACCCAGGGCAGGAAUGGAGCCCGAGCUCCUCAUCGACUUUGCUCGGGCCUAUCACAAGGACAGCUACCCCUUUGAUGGGCCUGGGGGCACGCUGGCCCAUGCCUUCUUCCCUGGAGACCACCCCAUCUCUGGGGAUACCCACUUUGAUGAUGAGGAAGUCUGGACCUUUGGGGCAAGCGAUGGCAGUGGGACAGACCUGUUUGCUGUGGCAGUGCAUGAGUUUGGCCAUGCUUUGGGCCUGGCCCACUCCUCAGCACCUGAUUCCAUCAUGCGGCCUUUCUACCAGGGUCCAGCUGGGGACCCCUCGAAGUACCAGCUCCCACAUGAUGACCGAGAAGGAAUCCAGCAGCUUUAUGGAAAGGGUCCAAAUCGUCCACACCCAGAACCAACUCGGAAACCUCUAGUCCCCCCUCCCCAGGCCCCAGGGCAGCCCCCAGAGAGCCCCUCAGUCCCAGUUCCUGACCGGUGUUCUGGCCACUUUGAUGCUAUUGCCAACAUCCGUGGUGAGGUCUUCUUCUUUAAAGGACCUUGGUUCUGGCGCCUUCAGCCCUCAGGCCAGCUGGUGUCCUCCCGCCCUGCAAAGCUGCACCGAUUCUGGGAAGGACUGCCUGAGCAUGUGGUGACUGUGAAUGCAGCCUAUUCUCGGCCCUCCGAUGGACGAAUCUUGCUUUUCAGUGGAGACCAGUUCUGGGUGUUUCAGGACCGGAAGCUGGAGGCUGGUUCCCCAAAGCUGGUGACUGAACUGGGCCUUCCCCCUAAAGAAACUGUGGAUGCUGUCUUCUCUUGGCCCCAGAAUGGGAAGACGUACCUGAUCCGAGGAGAACACUACUGGCGUUAUGAUGAGGCUGUCCAAAGCCCUGACCCUGGCUACCCUAAGAGUCUGAACCUGUGGGAGGGAGCACCCUCAGCACCUGAUGAUGUGACUAUUGGCAACAAAGGUGACACUUUCUUCUUCAAGGGUACCCAGUACUGGCGGUUUGCUCCAGGUAGUGUGGUGGCAGAGCCUGGCUCUCCCUUCCACAUGGGACCAGACUGGCUGGAUUGCCCUGCUUCUGCCCCAGAUCCUCCAGCACCAAGACCUUCUAAGUCUCCCCGAGUCCCAGAGUGUCACUGUGAGAUCAAUCAGGCAGGGAGCUCAAGCCCAAGACUUCCUGGCAUCCUCUUCUCUUCCCUUCUCUCCCUCCUCCUGGGCACAGUCCUUUGGUCCUAAGAACUGGGACAAAUAGCUGCAUCCCCCACUUCCUCUUCCCCCAGGGACAGGGCUCAGGUUUACCUCUCUCUUUUAUCACACCCUGACCCCACAUGCCUAGCAAUUCAUUUAGAUAAGCCAUUUCCCCCUUUCUCCAUCUGGGUCUCCAUUUGAAAAAAUAAAGGAAUUGGACUUAAUGCCCUCUAAGAUGCCUUCCGGUUCUAAAUCCAAGAUCCCAUGAGUAAGUGAACUCUGGCCUCCCCUGGAUCUCACAGUAAAUGAGUCUUUAGGUUUUCUCAAUGUAAACAAUGCCUAGUUUAUUAGUUUAAUUUUCUACCACCUGCCCACACUGGCCCUGGCCCUUGCCUGCACAUCCUAUGAUUCUGGGCAUAGGUAACUGGAUUGAGAACCCAGAAGGUCUCCCCUCUUUCUCUCCAUAGACUGGGAAUCUCAGGGGAUUUUUUGAGGCUAUGGCAGGCGGAUUCCCCCCUCUCUACUUGAUAUUCUUACCUGCAGCCGACCAAAGUGGGUUCCUGUGGCUGGGUGGAACUCUGGGAGUUAGGAAUAUUGAGGAGAGGCUGUACAAGUCAAGCCUGCACCUCUCCCAGGCUUUGGUCCCAGUACUUCUUGACUCAGAGAGUGGCCUGGGUUCUGCAGAGCCUCCAGCUGCAAGAGUGAAAGGAGAGGAGGGCUGGGCUGUCAACUGCAAAUAUCUAGACCUCUCCUGUAGAGGAAUAGGGCCUGGCUAUAGAUUGAUCUUUAAAGCCAAACUUAGGUACUUGUUGGAGUGUGGCACGGGGAAGACCGCCUUUUUUUGACAUUUUUGCCAAUCUGUUGCGUGAAAAGAGGAACGUCAGAUGACACAUAAUUAGGCAGAAUGGUUUCUGAUGAUUUUCUUCCUUUCCUCCUUCUUUGUUGUGAAAUUUUCUUUCUUAAAAUUUUGAUAUGAUCAGUUUGACUUUCCUCUGUAUUUAAAAAAAUUAGAUGAUCUAACUUUAUUUUCUUAGUUUGAAAACAGUGGCUACUUUUCUUUAGCAAUUAAAUUUUUUUCUUUUAACUUUGAUAAUCUUUUAUUUUCAGAAUUUAUACUUUAUUGUUUAGUUGGGGUUUUUAAUGUUAUUCUAGUUUUUAAAUUUAAUUAGUUGGUUUGUUUCUUCUUUUGUUAAUUAAUACACUUAGAGAAAUACAUUUUAAAAUAAAAGUACUUUAGCUAUACUCAAUCCUAUCUUUCCUUCAUAUCUCCCUAUUGAGUUUAAUGCAUUUUUAUAUAUAUUUUUUUUGUGUGUGUAUGAAUGUGUUCAGUUUUCCUUUGUCCAAUUCAGAUAAGAGUAAGAUUAAUGAAAUUUGUGUUAUUCCCACCUCUUUCCCUAGGUUGAAUCCUUUUAUAUAACAAACCACUAUUAUAUAAGAUAGUAAUUUUUCUCCCCUUUCUCCUUUUCUCCUCCAAUGUGCUCCUCUAACCCCUUUAUUUCCAUCUUCUCUUAAGACUAUCAAAUUAUCUCCAGGUCUUUUGUUUGGCUUAUUUCUCUUGUUCUGUGACCCUUGAAGACAUCAUGGCUCCAAAAUGACAUUUGUUUUUUGCUUUCUUUUUACCAUGUAAACAAUUCAUCCUAACAUAGGCCCUUCCAAUUGAUCAAAUGUACCUUUUUAUUUUUUCUUGACUCCUACAUUUCCAUUUCAAAAUAUCUAUUUAGUUUUAACCUCCCAUUAGGAAUGCUUGGAGAUCCUCUAUUUAAUUAAAAAACCAUCCCCUCUCUAGGAUUAUAAUCCUUUUGUUGGAUAGAUAAUAGUUGUAAGCCUUUUGAAAUAUCCUGUUCCAUGAAGCUGUUUUGUAUAUUCCUUACUAUGACACCUUAGUAUUUGAACUGUUUCUUUUGGCUGCUUUCAUAUUUUUUUCUUUGAUUUUAAGCUUGGAAUUUUAACUGUGACAUUCCUGGGCAUAUUCAUUUGGAGACUUUUUUUUUUAACACUUAAAAAAAUUGAGUUCCAAAUUCUCUCUUUCUCUCUCACUCUUCUUUCCCUCCCCACUACCCUGAGACAGUAAACAAUCUGAUGUAAAUUUUACAUGUGAAAUCCUGUAAAACAUUUCCCCAUAUUAGUCAUUUUGUGGAAGAAUCUUAAUAAAAAGACGGAAGAAAGAAAGUAAAAUAUAGUAUGUUUUGAUCUGCAUUCAGACUCCAUCAGUUCUUUUUCUGGGAGCAGAUGGUAUUUUUCAUCUCGAUUCUGUGGAAUCACUGUAUUGCUCAGUAUAGUCAGGUCAUUCGUGGUUAUACAUCAAACAAUAUUGUUAUUAAUGUAUAUCAUGUUUUUCUGGUUCUGCUUACUUAAUUUUGCAUUAGUUCAUGUAAGUCCAGGUUUUUCUGAGAUCAUUCUGCUUAUCCUUUCUUUUAGCACAAUGUAUUCCAUUACAAUCACGUAUCACAACUUGUUCAGCCAUUCCUCAGUUAUAUCCUCAGUUUCCUGGUCUUUGCUGCUACAAAGAGAGCUGCUAUAAAUAUUUUUGUACAAAUUGGUUCUUUUUCCUUUUUUUCCCCUCUUUUUAGGAUACAGAUCUAGUAGUGGUAUUGCUGGUCAAAGAAUAUGCACAGUUUUAAGACCAUUUGGGCAUAGUUCCAAAUUGCUUUCCAGAAUGGUUGGAUCAGAUCAUAACCCCACCAACAAGUGCAUUAGUGUACCAAUUUUACCAUAUUCUCUCCAAUAUUUAUAAUUUUCUUUUCUAUCAUUUUGUCCAAACUGAUUUCUUUAUUUUAUUUUAUUUAUUUAUUUUUAGGCCCUCACCUUCCAUCUUGGAAUCAAUACUGUGAAUUGGCUCCCAGGCAGAAGAGUGGUAAGGGCUAGGCAAUGGGGGUCAAGUGACUUGCCCAGGGUCACACAGCUGGGAAGUGUCUGAGGCCACAUUUGAACCUAGGACCUCCCAUCUCUAGGUCUGUCUGGCUUUCAAUCCACUGAGCUACCCAACUGCCCCCUAGGGAUUUCUUUAAGGAGGUGACUGGUAUAUAUUCUUAAUGUACAAUUUUGAUCAGAUCCCAUCACCUUUCCUGGCUAGCUCCUCAUUGCUUACAAGAUAAAAUACAAACCACUUGGCAUGUCAUUCAAAGAUCUCUAUAAUCGCUAUCCAAUUUUCUAAUUUAUCUAAAAAAAGUUAAAAAGGAAAUAAUAUUAAAUUUAAGAGGGUAGGAACAAAAUUGCUCUAUUUGUGUUCCCUUCAAUACUUCUUUUUGUUUUCUUCUGUGCAUUUAAAAAGAAAGGUUUCAUUCAUGCUCUUUUUCCAAUUUACUUUUCUAGUCAUUUCCCUUUACUUUUCAUUGUGUUUCAGGCAAAUUGGACUACUAGUUGCUUUCCAAUCCUCCUGUCUCCCAUGCAUUUGCACAUGUAUUUGCCCAGACACAGAAUUAACACUCUCCUCCCUUAUCAUUGUUGCCCAUCUAAGGUUAUUCACUGGAUCAUUGGUUUAGAGUUGAAAGGGAUCUUGGAGGUCUUGAUUUGCCCAAGCAAGGUCCCUUGCUAGCAAGUAGGAGGACCAAGCCUUUGACUACCUAUCAAGGCUUCUUUCUGCUGUAUCACUUUGCUUUCAUAGUUCUUUCAGAGAUUUUCCCUUAAUUUAAAACUCAACUCAGAUACUACUUUAUAUUUAAAUUUUUUCCUAAUCCUCACCGCCUUCUGGGUGAAAACAUUUCUCCUUCUUUAAAUUUCUUACAGCAUUUUGUAUAACUCCCUCCUUUAAUAACACCAAUUUUAAUUUAUGUGUUUAUAUAUCCCAUCCCUACUAUUAGAUUGUAAGCUUCUUGAGGGCAGGAAUUGUCAUUUUAAUCUUGUAUAUGGUGGGCGCUUAAUAAAAGUUUACA